AUGGCCACAGCCACAUCAUCCAGCGAUCCCUCGCGGGCGCGCUCAGCACCCGCGCCAGCUUCAUCAUCUUCUUCAUCGAGGGCCGCUUCCGAUCCCGUCCUGCGCAAUGCCCUGCGGUACACCAUCUCGGCGCGCGAGUAUGCCGCGCUGCACAAGUACAUCAUCUCGCGAUCCCGCGUCCUCCGCCGUACAACCCCGACCCCGGCCCGUGUCGAAAAGGCCCUUCAGCCCCCCAAGGGAGGUGACGACUACAAUGCGAGGACUAUCCGCCAUGCGCUGAGGGUCUUUGUUAGCACUUGGCUUGGUAUGAAGGGGUUGGAUGUCAUCAAGAAGCGCAUGGGCGAUAAGGAUGCGAAUGCGAAUGCCAAGAAGAAGCCCUUCUACAAGUCUGCCGCUCUGAGGCUAUCAUUGUCUCUCUCGAGCAUUCUAUUCCUCUACAGACUCCUCUUCCGCUUCCUCACCCGGUUGCGCGUGCACCUGCUGGAUCCCACGGUUGAGCCAUUCCGACUGCGCAACCCGCGGACCGCCGCCACGCUCACCUCGCCCUAUGCCCCGGCCGUUGGUGCAUCGUUCGCCGGUUUGGCCCUGGGCAUUUUCCCGCCCGAGAAGAUGCGCGUCACAAUUGCCAUAUACGCCGUCUUCCGAGCGCUCGAGUUUGGAUGGAACCUGUUCGAAGGCGAGGGCCUUAUUUGGGGUCGCAAAGGUGGCGUCGCCAUGGAGCGCCCUUGGUGGUUUGGAAGCUGGAUGCUGCAGCCUCUGGCAUAUGGCCAGUUGCUCCAUGCUGCUGUCUUUGACCGUGACUGUUUCCCCAAGCCUCUCGGAGACUUCAUCUUUAAGAGCUCCUCCGCUUACCUGCACGCGCGCCCGCAGGACUGGCCGGCCACCCUCAAGUGGCCACAGACGUCCCAGAUCGUGGAUAGUUUGGCCCAGAUGGCGCGUCUCAACUGGCCUGCCUAUAUCUCGCCGACUCUGUUCCCAAACAAGGAGGACGUUCUCCCUGCUACUCUUAGUGCAAUUGCGCCGUUGACCUCUCGAGCACACCCGCUUAUCACCUCGCUUUCGUGCGCGGCCCUCCAUCCUGCCGAUCCGUCCUGCGCCCGGAACUAUCUCACCUUCUGGCUCAGCACAUUCCCGCCGCUGGCUCGCUUCUUCGUCGUCCUCUAUUCCGCCCUGACCGUUGUCCCACGUCUCUCAACGCUUUACCACAGCCCCCUGGCCACCCUCCAGCGGAUCAUCUCCUCCGCCCUCCGCUCGUCCACCUACGCGACUGGUGCCAUUUCCACCGCCUGGGCUUCCAUCUGCUUCUUCCAAACCUGGCUCCCACGCCAUGUCCUCGCCACCCAGCGCUUCUUCCUCGGCGGCUUCUUCGCGGGUCUCUGGGCCUGGGUCGAGCGCCGACACGGUCGCGGUAUCUUCCUGUACACGGCACGCGCAAGCGUCGACAGCCUAUGGAAGGUGGGCGUUAAGCGACGCUGGUGGAAGAGCAUGAAGGGCGGCGACGUCUGGGUCUUUAUGCUGGCCCUCAUGGUGACGGGUGUUGUCUACGAGCGUGAUGCUCAGGCCAUCCGCGAGGGCAACUGGCGCAAGGGUAUGAGCUGGGUGAGAGGUGAGGGAUGGAGAGAUUGGAGCAUUGAGGAUGAUGAGGAUGAGGAUGAGAACCGAGAGAAGGAGGACUGA